AUGACUGCUUAUAGAUUUUUUAGAGAUAGUUUUUGGGGAGUUUUGAUUAAUAGACUUUCAAAACAUAAAUUGGCUCCUCAAAAGGAAGAAUACCCUGAUUAUAUUGUUCCAGAGAAAUAUUAUGGGAAUGAAAAAAUAGUUGAUGAUGAUUUGAAAAAUAAAGAGUUUACUACUCCUGGUGAAGAUUCUCAGCAAAUAAUCGUUACUUGGGAUGGCGAUGAUGAUCCUGAUAAUCCUUAUAAUUGGCCAUUACAUAAUAAGAUUUUCUUUAUGAUAAGUAUUUGUUUUGUUACUAUUUCAGUUUAUAUGGCUUCAGCAAUUUAUACUCCUGGGAUUGAGGAAAUUAUGGAAGAAUUUCAAAUUAGUCAAACUGUCGCUACUUUACCGCUUUCAUUAUUUGUUGUUGGAUAUGGUUUAGGUACUAAUAUUUUCAGUCCUCUUUCUGAAAAUGCAAGAUAUGGUAAGACUUCAAUUUAUAUAGUCACUUUAUUCAUUUUUUUCCUUUUCCAAAUUGGUGCUGCUGAAUCCAAAAACAUUGCUACUUUAUGUAUUUUAAGAUUCCUUGGUGGUUUUUUCGGUUCUCCUUGUUUGGCCACUGGUGGUGCUUCAAUGGGGGAUGUUUUGCACAUCAGUAAUUUGGUUAUUGGUAUUGCCACUUGGUCUUUGGCUGCUGUUUGUGGUCCUAGUAUUGGUCCUCUUAUUGGUGGGGCCUUGAUCAAUAGAUGGAACUGGAGAGCUCCAUUUUGGUUCAUGGCUAUCUUAUCCGGUUCAAGUUUCUUGAUUUUGGGAUUUUUAUUACCAGAAAGUUAUGGUAAAACUUUAUUAUAUAGAAAAGCUAUUAGAUUGAGAGCUUUAACCGGUAAUGAAAAUAUCACUAGUGAAGGUGAAUUGGAAUUGAAAGGAAGAACUUCUCGUGAAAUUAUGUUGGAUAUCAUCUGGAGACCAAUUGAAGUGAUGAUUUUUGAACCAGUGGUUCUUUUAAUCAAUAUCUAUAUUGCCUUGGUCUAUUCAAUCAUGUACGUUUGGUUUGAAGCUUUCCCCAUGCUUUAUACUCAAGUUUAUCAUUUCACCAUUGUUGAAAUGGGUGCUGCUUUCUUAUCAAUUUGUAUUGGUAUUGCUAUUGGUGCUGCUUUUUACAUUCCAAUUAUCAGAAGACAGUUUACUUUACCAUUCAAAGCUGGUAAACCAAUUGCUCCAGAAGUCUUCUUACCAAUGGCAAUUGUUGGUAGUAUCUUAAUGCCUUGUGGAUUAAUCAUAUUUGCUUGGACAAGUAGUCCUAAAGUUCACUGGAUUGGUUCAUUAAUUGGUGCAGGUAUUUUUGCUUGUGGUGCAUUCUUGGUUUUCCAAACCUUAUUUAACUACUUAUCAUUCAGUUUCACCAGAUAUUUGGCUUCUGUUUUUGCCAGUAAUAAUUUAAUGAGAUCAAAUACUGCUGCAUUUUUCCCAAUUAUUGGUAAAUUUUUAUUCGGUAAUUUGUCCACUCCUAAUUACCCGGUUGCUUGGGGUACUAUGAUUUUAGCAUUUAUUUCUAUGGCCAUGAUUUUAAUCCCGGUAUUAUUUUACUUGAAUGGUCCUAAAUUACGUGCUAGAUCCAAAUAUGCCAAUUAA